AAAACUUCCUUUUGGACGAGCGCACAACGACACUAGACAGUUGAGAACCAUAUAGAAGCUCCACGCUGUUUCAUCAAAACAGACCUUUCAAUAUGACUCCCUUGCAGCGCCGACCGAUGCAGCACAUUGAUCGCCGAGACCUGUACACAAACCUGAAAACCCGAAUACAAUACCUGCAGUCUUUCCUCGAUUUCAGUUCUCGUGACAUUGAGCACCUAGUGACUGGAGCCAAAUACAUCAGAGCCCUCAUUCUCGUUCUUGUAAACAUCGUUUAAAAGAAACUGUUGCAAUAUGACAUUACUGCGCGAGCUUUCGAGACACGAUCAACAUCAUGCGAGGGAUCUGUCGAUUCCAACCUCACCGAGAACUCCCCUCAAAUUAUGCACCGCAAGAUGUUCCUCCGUGGCUACCUAAACAAGCUGUGCAGCGACCCCUCAAAGAUGAAGUUCUGGGAGUACCUCGACAAAGUGGGCACGAUGCACGUCGGACAAGGGCGGACACAUCCACUGCACAUGGAGUAUGUACACAUGGGUGUCACAUUGUCAUUCGUCCAAGACAUCCUGACAGAGGCCAUUUUGUCACACCCGAAACUGAAGAUGGACCGCAAGAUCGGACUUGUCAAGGCACUGUCGAAUGUGAUCUGGAUCCAAAACGACCUGUUUGUGAAGUGGUACGUUCGCGAUGGCGACGAGUUCACUGAUGAAGUUCUUGUUCCUGAAAUCGAGCCAGAGGGCUACCUGCACGGAAAGAAGAUACGGCACGACGCAAGUGAGAGCGAGAGCGAAAUCGAAGACACGGCCAUGGCAGCUGGAUCGUGUCCGUUUAAGAAUUUGGCAGCAUCACCACGCGGCAACGGCACACUGCAACAAAGCAUGGAGAUAAUGAGCAUGGACGAGUCUCCACAGAAAGAUGGAGCUUGUUCGCCGGAAGCCGAAAACAUCCGCCCUACUCCAGCAUCACUAAAUCGGAGAACAUGUCCUGUGAGCGCGACUUUGUGAGCGGUGAGCAGCGCAUAGACAUUCGGUGAACGGUGUCCGCACAGAGGAAUGUGGACCAUGCAGUUGGUACAUUUGUUGUUUUGAGGCCGGACUUCCUGGGGAACUUGUAGAUAUUUUCCGGCGCACUCGUCGCAUUUCCCAGGAUCCCCGAUCCACUGGUCUUUCAGGUACUCAUCGUCAUGAUCGGCCGCGAUCGAGGCCAGUGAGGAUAGGACAGCUUCCGUGAGGAGCAUUGUAGGCUAGCGACUACGCCAAUUUGAUAUGGGUUGUACCUGCGUCCAGGCCGGUAGUGCUGGUUUUGGCUCACAUGAUCAAGAUAAAAUUGCAUCUUAUCGCGAACUCCACACUCGUCGAAGCUGUGAUUUGUGUUCUGGAAGACACG